CAACUAGUUAUUGAUGCUUCUAAAGGAUUGGAUUUGUCCAGCUCAGACAAGCAUUAUAAUGUGAAUCAGCACAAAGGAUUUUGUCCAGUUUGCCGCAAAGUGUUCGAUGAGAAGGAUAUUGAGCAUGUACGUGAUCUGUUGGGUGCAAAUACUUCCCGGCUGGCAUCAUUAACAAUUGACCUGGGUGAAGAGGAAAAGGAAUUGCUCCAUUCUGAGUUAGAGAUGAACAGAAAGAAAAAUUUUGAGUCACUGGUUAAUCUGCAACAAGAACGAAAUGGCCUGAUCAAACCGAAGAACGACCUCGCCAUACAGCCUGGAAUGUAUGUUUCUCUUCCUCCCAGCGUGCCAGCUACAGUUGCAGGAGACAAUGAUCCCUGCGAAGACACCACUACUUCAACAUCAGAAACAUGGGCGGACCCCACCAUGAUGCAUGGGUAUUCAAGUGAAUACUCAACUUUUUUGUAA